AACACACGUCAAUGUCAAUGUCAUAAAAUUGUAAACAAAUAUGUGCGCGGGAUAGGCAGGCUAAGUCCUAGAAAUUUAAAGAAAAUUGUUUUCAUUUAAUUUAUUAUCGAUUUAUAAUGGCUUCAAAAAAGGCUAAUAAUAACAACAAACAGUCAACACUUAUGAAUUUUAUUAAGAAAAACAAUGGAGAAUCCCGCUGUUCCAGUCUGAGCAGUGAGUCUAGUGAGCUGGCUUGUGAAAAGAAGUCAAAAUUCGUAUGGAAGUCUAAAUCAAAUACCAAUAACUCUUUCAUACCCCCUUUUAAAGCAGAUGCAGAAAAUGAGGGACAGAAGAAAACAAUUGCAUCAAAAGACUUAGCUCAGUCAUCUGCAAGAAUGGGUUCUUUCAAAUCAAUCACAGAUAGUUAUAAGUAUGAUCUUGAUGACAAAACUAAUCCAUUGGGUUUUAUGGAUGUGGAUGAAUUCCCUGACUCACCUGAUAUUUUCAAUGAAAAGCACACUAUUCCUUCACCAGAAGUGUCUAACACAUCUAUCAGAAUAAGUGAAACACCUACUCCUCCAAAAACAAGGUCUGGUGAGAAAUCUAAUUACAAUAAAAGCCUGAAGACUCCAGAAAAGUCUAGCCCUCAAAAAGAUAAAGAUCCGCUUAAAAAUUUGAAACUAGACAGUUCAAUAUCAGCAUUUUUAGCAGAGGUUGCUCAAAAUCCUUCUUUGAAGCAUAUAGAUAGAGACAAAAAUAAUAUUCAACAGGAAGACAUUGAAAAAUGUAAAACUAUGUACAUAGAACUAUUAGAAAAGAUAAGUAAUGCUUUUGAUAGAAUACCAAAUUGUAUAAAAGAAAAGUUUCCUGGUUAUGAUAAAAAAACAUAUGCCAAGAUGAAAUAUUUAAAGACUAAAUUAAAAUCUGCAAUACAAAGAAAAGCAGACUCUCAUAAAAUACAUCAAGACCAGACCUCGCAUAUGACAGAGUCACCUAUGAACAUCACAAAUAAUAGUAGUCCAUCUAUGUUACAAAACUAUGAUGAUGAUCUUAAUGAUUUUGAUCUAGAGUCUAGUCAAGUACCUGGUAAAAAGCCAUUUACUUCUAUAAAUGAACCAGCAACAUCCACACCAGAUAUCAUAAAUUUUGAUAAGAAACCAGGAUCUUUAAAAACAAUAUAUUCUGAUUCAGUAGCAAAAAAGUCAUUAUCAUUUGAUGUUUUUUCUACUAAUAAUGAUUCUACUAAGAAUUUGUCAGAUAUUGCCAGUUUAGAUAUAUCAGACAAUGUCAACAAAAGCAAAGGAAAAUUUGUUUUUAAAAGGCCAUCUAGAACAGCAGUGGAUGACUUUGACAGCAGCAAAACUUCCACUCCCAACAGGGAUGUACCAUCUAGUACAUUGGAAAGGUUAAAAAAUGUUUCAGAAAGACUUAAACCUAUAGUGCCUCAAGAACCAUCAAAAUAUGUACCUGUUGGGAAUAGUUCUGUACAAUUUCAACCGCCGCAGUUAAGUAAGAGUUCUUUGUUUAAUAUGAAUAAACCAUGUACAGCUGUCUCUCCGUUAGUAAAAGAGAGUCCUGAUUGUGAUGAUAAUGAUGAAGUAAAUGACUAUGAAGUGCCUAUUGAUAUGGACGAUGAUACUGACAUUCUACCGGAAGCUUCCAGAGGGAGUGUAAUAAAUAUAAGUGAUUCUAUUCCUGGGCCCAGUGCCUCAAAGGAAGGCAGUGAUAUACCUGUGGAUGAUGAUGGUUGGCCAGAGUAUAGACCUGAAGACUUUGAGGAAGACAUGGAAGCAUUAACAAAAAAAGAACCAGAUGUAAUUAACUUGAUGGAUAAUACAAUUGUUAAAGAUAGUGCUAAACCAAAAUACGAAGGUAUGGGAGAUUUCCAUGCUGGAACUAAGAAUGAUGGAAUCACAGGUGAAUUUGAUGGUUUCAACUUUCCUCACUCGGAAUUGAUGAUGGAGAUGUUUAAGGAAAAGUUUGGUCUGAAAACGUUUCGCCCUAACCAAUUGCAAGUCAUCAACGCCACGCUACUUGGCUAUGAUUGUUUCGUGCUGAUGCCCACUGGUGGUGGCAAGUCGCUGUGCUACCAGUUGCCAGCCGUUCUUACUCCAGGGGUGACCAUCGUCAUAUCGCCGUUGAAGUCCCUAAUCAUGGACCAAGUGAAUAAACUCCUCUCUCUCGAUAUCCCCGCGGCGCAGUUAUCAGGGGACGUUUCAGCAGCGGCGGCCGACGAAGUUUACCACAAGCUGUCUAUGAGGGAACCGCUACUGAAGCUGCUGUACGUAACGCCCGAGAAGAUCAGCAACUCGCCCAAGUUUCAGACGAUGCUCGACACACUAUACUCGCGGGGGAAGAUCGCCAGGUUUGUGAUUGACGAGGCGCACUGCGUAUCGCAGUGGGGUCACGACUUCCGCCCGGACUACAAGCGUUUGUUCUUGCUGCGGACAAGAUUUCCCUUCACCAAUAUCAUGGCGCUGACUGCCACGGCCACGCCCCGAGUUCGGAUGGAUAUCCUGCAUCAGCUCAAAGUGACCGAAUGCAAAUGGUUCCUGAGCAGUUUCAACCGGCCCAAUCUGAUAUAUAGAAUAAUGGAGAAGAAGCCUAAGAGCAUCAACCAGGAUAUUGCUACGAUCAUUAAAGAAAAAUUCUUCAGGGAUUCAGGCAUAGUUUACUGCCUCUCACGCAAGGAAUGCGACGCCUUGGCUAAAGAUCUUCGUAAAGUGGGCAUACAGGCGGCCGCAUAUCACGCUGGACUUUCUGACAAGCAACGAGAACAGGUGCAGGCCGCCUGGAUCGCUGACAGGCACAAAGUGAUAUGCGCGACUAUAGCGUUCGGCAUGGGCGUAGACAAGGCAGACGUCCGAUUCGUGAUCCACCACAGCAUGCCCAAGUCUGUGGAAGGAUACUACCAGGAAGCUGGAAGAGCCGGCAGAGACGGAGAGUUGGCAACAUGUCUACUGUAUUACUCUUAUGCUGACGUCGUGCGGUACCGACGACUGUUCGACUUGGAACGCAACGCUACCCCUGACGCGAGACGCGUGCACGAAGAGAACCUCCUCCGAAUGGUGGAAGUGUGCGAAGCCGUGGCCGAGUGUAGACGGACCCAGGUUCUCGCGUACUUGGGGGAACGGUUCCCGCGGGAACAAUGCGUCGCGAGACCGCUCGCUGCCUGCGAUACCUGCACUAAUAAGCAGAACUAUAAGCCUGUAGACGUAACCGAAGAAUGCAAGUUGAUCGUGAGAUGCGUUCGCGACGCCAGCACCGGCGGUCGAGGCCGCUACACGCUGCUGCAUAUAGCCGACGCCAUGCGCGGCUCCAAGCAGCAGCGGCUGCAAGCGCUGCACGCCGCCGCCAUACACGGCCGUUGCAAGUCGUGGCAGCGCGGCGAUCCUCAACGAUUGCUGCGUCAAUUGGUGGUGCGCGGUCUACUGGCUGAACGGCUCGUUAUUACUAACGAUAUCGCCUCCGCCUACCUAGUGCUCGGGCCCAACGUCGAUAAGUUAAUGUGCGGCGGAUUACGGGUGGUAUUCCCUAUGAAAUGCGAACCGAAACCGAGUGUAGUGACUGCCCCGGCUUCUAACUCUACGCCUGAACAGUCUAGUGUCACGGCGCUCAUACAACGGCUGCAGGGACGAUGCUACGCCGACUUAGUGGAGGCGUGCCGGGAGAUAGCCGAGUCUCGCGGGGCUAGACUAACGGCGUUGUUACCUCAAGCGGCGUUGAAGGCGAUGUCAGUAAGGUUGCCGGAAACUGCCGAUGAUAUGCUGGCGUUGCCGCAUUUGACACGCGCCAACUAUGAUAAAUUUGGUGCUUCGCUGCUAAAUAUUACCUCAGCGUACGCAGUGGAAAAAAUUGGUCUUCUAAUGCAGUACCAAGACGAAUUAGAGGAGGAGGGCAAUAAAGACAAUCCUCCAGAAGAUAAAGAUGGCCACGAGUCCGGAUCCAACUCCGACACAGACUGGGCGGGGCUGGCGCGAGCCCCCGCCCCUGCCCCUAGGCCUUCGUACAGUCGCGGCGUCAGGAAACGGUACAAACGCAAGCGCACGUCGUCGCCCAAGAAGAAAGCGUAUCGCAGUACCUUCAGUGCGCGAGGACGCGGCAAUACCUCCGCUACUAAAACUGCCGCUACAAAACUCGCUCGCACUGCCGCCUCUAACCGAGCCGCCGGCGGGAGCGGGAACAAACUGGGCAGUAUGCCUGUGCCGCGGACCAACACCGCAGUCAUCAACACGAGGCCUGGGGUAUUCAACCCGUCCAAACUCAACCUCUUAUAGGCACAUCUUUAAACAAAUUCAUAAGAAACUAUACUAUGCUCUUUUCACGGAAACGAUUAGGGUCCAGUGGGGACAGUAUAACUAAAGGUGUCGAGGACAGCAAAGGAAACGGUGGUUAGGGUAAAGAAUUAUAUUAUUAAAUACAAAUAUUACAGAAAUAAAAGGAAAAGACAGUAAAUAAAGGCAGUUAUAAAAAAAGCAGACAAGAGAGUGACAAGAAUAGAGUUAGGACGGCGUGGCAUAGAUAAGUGUUAAUAUAGAUAUUUACAAUCAAAGAGUCUGUCUUCGACAAGGGGCAUAGUGUAACGUAAAGAAUAUCUCAGUAUUAUAUCCGACAAUUUGAUUUAUGAUGACAGCUGCUUAAUAUAGCUGCAUAUGUAAUUAAUUGAACACGUGAAGACAGACCGUAGACAUAUAACUCCUCCUUUACUCUUCAAGCCAUAUGGCUGUGGAAUGACCGACUCCAUCAAAAGAUCUCGUUGUAAAAUUAUAUUUAAAAGGAAUGUUCACACAUCUGCUAUAAAAUUGAAGUUAAAUAGUCAUUUUAUUGAUCAUCAUCAUUUGAACAUAAUUGUGGUAUGUACGUAUAUUCUUUUCGUAGUAUGUAUUUAUAUAUGUUAAGUCGUAUAUUAUUUAGUAUUAUUUUUUAGGUCUAUAUUUAUGUGUAUAAUUAGCUUUAUACCGCCGUUCGAGUUUUGCUUUUUUACCAAAGGUUGACUGGGAGAGAAUGCUUUCAGCAUUAAGUCCGCCUUUUGUACCAUACUUUUGUAUUUUGGUCAAUAAAGUUUAAAAUAAAUAUAAGAAAAUAUCAGAAAUAUUCCUUAUGUUACACUGUGCCCCUUGUUACACUGUCCCCCACUUGACCCUAUAGUACAGUGAGAUUCAAAUUUAAUGACGGCUGUGAAGUUAGCGCAAGUCACUGCUCAGUAAACGAAACUUAGCAGUGCGGUAUUAAUUAAAAUUAUCCAUCUGAUAAUACCUGCGCUUCCUGCUUAUUUCGAAACCAUAAAAUGUGUAUAUAAUCUGAUGCGAACUUAAUGACGGCUGUGAAGUUAGCGCAAGUCGCGGUGCAGUAAAUUAAAUGUAGGAUGAUGUAGGCGCGUGCGGGAUGUCACUGAACUGAAACCAGCACAUAGUUUUGUCCGUUGCUAACUUCACACCUGCCAUCAAAUUUUGGAUCGCACCAUACUAAAAGUCGCUGGUAGACUUCCUUUGUCGUGUGACGCAGUUUUGAAUCCUUGUUUUUUAUGUUAGCGUUUGUGUGUCAAUAAUUAAGCGCUUCACCUUCACACUCGUUUUCCUGAACUGUGUAUAAAUCUAUACUCCAGAUUCCUCUUGAGACAAAAGGUAAACAAACCAUAAAGAGUAUUUUUUUUAGGUUUCGCCCAUUAAAUAAAACAAGCUUCAACAGGUUAAAUGCGUUAAUUUAUUUGUUCCUUAACGUUUCGCAUCCUUUCCAUGCUGCGUCGACAGAAUUAUAAUACAACGCUACUUUAGCAGUCGGGACCCACCAUUAUGUUCUAGAAUGGAUCCUAUUUCUCCAGUAAGGGGUCCCGACUACUUAAGUAGCUUUGUCUAAGGCUGCCAUCUCUAAAAUGUGGCAACCAGGAUAAGACGCGUGAUAACCCCGGAUUUUGGUGCCCAGAACCCGGACAGACCAAUAAAAACGGUUAAUAAGUGGUCACUACUGCCCAUGGACACUUGCAGCACCGAGGGUCUUUCAUGCGUUGCCGUAAAUUUUUAAACCCGGACUACAAAUGAAACCCCGCCCGGACGCUCCCCGGACGCCCCGUAAACUAGGACAAAUCCGGGGAAACCCGGACGGAUGGCAGCCCUAGCUUUGUCUGUUAUGCCCCCUCUACACGUUGACAGAUGCAUCUGCGGAUGCGUCCGCUGACAUGUAGACGGGGUAGUUCGCGCGUCUGGGGUAGGUACCUAUUUAACGUCCGCAAUAACGUCUGUACCACGGCGAGUGUUCUGAGGAGUUAUUCUCUCUUAUUACACCUUCCCCUUUCCUUCAGAGGACCACGCGCGCUGGCCUACUUUGUCACCGUCUAACUGUGGCCACACUUCCAACGCGUAGAAAGAAAUUUGGUGACUCAUUUCUUUGUCACACUAUCUGUAAAUGGAAUGCUUUGCCCGCUCACGUGUUCCCUCCCUCUUACAACAUGGGAUCCUUUAAAAGAGGCGCGAAGAAGCAACAUGCAGGCCGCCUGCCGGCAGGGUGAGGAUGGCUGGUGUGGCAGGUAGAACUGCUGUAUCAGCUAU